UCUUGUGAUUUUGUCUCAUUUUCCGUUGGGUUGUCAGAUUGUAAACAUGGCUUCUUCUAGUACGUUCACUUUUGAGGAGGUUAUUUUAGAUGUAGCCGAUUCUGAUUGUGCUAGUAACAACGGAAUGUCUUCAGACGAAGAAGAAUAUCUCAAUCGAGAGUUAGGAGUCAUUUCUGGAGCUUCAAGUGAUGAAGAUACUAGCCCUACAGAUGCUGUUGAUGAUGAGGGAAGUUCUAGUUCUGACACAUCUUCAGAACACCACUCCCCUAUUAGAAAAAAAUCUAAGGGUAGAGCCAGAGGGAAAGGUAAAGGGAGGGGCAAACCCACUAGGACCCAAGGUGAAAGCUCCCUGUCUCGUAACCGAUCAGGCCCCAAAGUGCAUGAGGGAUUUUGUGAUCCUGACACUAGGAAUGUUCUCCCAGAUUUUGCCCCUAGCCGAGCUGUUGGGAUCCACCUUGAUCAUGCUUUCACCAGAAGUAUGCACCGUGAAGUUGAGUUCUUUCGGCUCUUUUUCACAAGGGGAAUGCUUCAAGAGGUAGUUGCCCACACCAAUGCUUAUGCCCACAUAAAUAUAGGUACUCAACCAUCCGCGUACACAACAAAGGAUGGGGCUUGGGAACCCACCAACCUUGAAGAGAUUGAAAGGUUGAUUGCCUUUUUAGUGUAUGCUGGUUUGGUAAGGGUCGGCAGUGACAUCUCAAAUUAUUGGAGUGUGAAGACCUUAUAUCAUGGUCUGUGGGCAAGAGAAAUAAUUUCUCGCUUUCGUUAUAAGGCUUUAAUGGCAUUUCUGCAUGUGGUGGACCCCGUCACUGAAGACCCCAGUAAUAAACUGCGAAAGGUAGAGUCUUUUGUUCAGUCUUUUAGAGAGAGAUGUGAACAAUUGUACCAGCCUUCGCAGAAUAUUGCUGUUGACGAGCGCAUGGUCAAAUCAAGGAAUAGGUCAGGGAUUAGGCAGUUUAUGAAAGAUAAGCCUACUAAGUGGGGGAUAAUGUUAUGGGUUGCUGCCGACAGUUCUAAUGGUUAUACCUGUAACUUUGAGAUCUACACAGGAAAGAAGGCCAAAGGUUCAUCUGAGCAUGGGUUGGGCUAUGAUGUGGUUAUGAAUUUAUUAGAUAAGUAUUUUAAUCAGGGUUAUCAUGUUUUUUUUGAUAAUUUUUACACUUCCCACCAAUUAGUUAGGGACUUAUUCUUGCAUGGUACCCUUUCCACAGGCACAGCCAGAAUAAAUAGGAUAGGAUUCCCACAGUGUCUAAAAGACGUAAAAGCCUGGGCCAAGACCCAGAAGCGUGGAGGGGUACGGUGGGUUAGGGAGUCAGAAGUGUUGACACUGCAAUGGGUUGACAACAAGCCUGUAUCAGUGUUGACUACAAUUGACUCAGCCAACGACCAGGUGGUAGCUAAGAGAAGGGCAAUGGUGGACCAGAAAUUUGUUAAGAUAGAUGUCCCCCAGCCUAAGGCCAUACAUAGGUACAACCAGUACAUGAAUGCCGUAGACAGGUCUGAUCAGCUUCUUGCUAGCCACAAUAUUCGUAGGAAAUGUUAUAGGUGGUGGAAAAUUUUGUUCUAUCACCUUGUAGAUAUGGCAAUUGUUAAUAGUUUUAUACUUUUUCAGAAAUAUCGGGCAGAACACAAGGAUCUCAAAGAACUGCAGCGCAAGAAAGGAUAUAACAGCAGUCAGUGCGCACGGGUCUCAUAAUCGUAUCAUAAAAAACGCUUGAAUAUGCCCUACGACGAGUCAGAACAACGAGUCCUGAUGGUUUUGCCGCAAAGAAUAUUAGUCAAUAAAAAAUUGAGCCUUUUCCCAGCUCUUUUGUUCGCAAUAUUGUUAAACAUCCAUGCAAAUAUGUUGAAUGGUCAACCACAGUUUACACUAAGAACAGAAAGAAAUAAAGAAUUUGACGAUUCUUGUCUUGUCGGAACGGCUCAUGUCGAGAGUGGAGGCAUUGCAGAUUGUUUCGAGCGUUGUCUAGAGAACUGCAGGUGCCAGUCGUUUCAAAUUUGCCAAAACACAAAAUGUCAACUUUGUUCAAGUCAUAAAGACGACAACAGCUCCUUGCUUCAUGAAAAUAAUGAUUGCGUCUAUGUUAUGUAUGAUAUGAAGGAAGUUCACCACGAGGAAAAUUUUCAGAAUAUGGCGGAGCAAUGUUCAAGCAUAAGUUGUUUCACGAAGUACAACUGCUGCCAAGAACAAGGUAUCUGUUCCGAGAAUAAAUUAUGUAAACCAAUGCAAUCACUUUCUCAACCCUGGAAACGUUUCACCUGUGAAUGCCCAAACGGUUACCAUGGUGAUAAUUGUGAAAAACUAUUGAUCACGUCAUGCAAGGGGUAUCAAAACCGAUCCCUGAAAUCUGGCAUCUACAAAGUGCUGGACUCCAACAUGUUGCUUUAUAACGUUUAUUGCCAUUUUGAUUCGAACACUAGAUGGACAUUAGUGCAGUCGCACAGUUUCGAAAACAGCUCAAAACUUUUGCAAUUUACUGGACCUGUAAGUGAAGACCAUCCAGUAAAUGAAUUAGUGCCUAUUUGGUCAGGGUAUCGGCUGAGCAAAGCAAGGAUGCAAACAAUUUAUAGCCAAUCAGAUUUCCUCCUGUUUACCUGUGACUACGAGAAGGAACAAGACAAAGAAGAACUAGACUAUUAUCGCGUUGGACUUAGAAAUAUUAUAAACUACGACAUUUUUCAUCCUCCAUCACUAAUUUCCGACAUUAUUUCAACUCAUAUUGGAAAAAUUAAUGGGAAAAUAUUGAAUUCUUGUUAUACUUUUCUUUCCCAAUCGAAAUAUUGGACAUUGUAUGUUUAUUUUUCUAAGUCUUGUCAGCCCUUGGAGAGUAACAACUGUACGGGAUAUUUUGGAAGUUAUGGCAACACUGGAGCUUGUUUAGGAGGGAUUUAUCGUUGCGUAGAGAGUGAGAACUCGACAACACAGUUGUGGUUUGGCAGUUCAUUGCCUUAGUUUCAAAUUCACGCCAAAUCUUAAUUGGACUGGGUCAGAAUACCAUAAUGUCGUACAGUGGCGCACGGGUGACCAUAAUGGGGGGGGGGAGCACAUAUUCAUAUAUUCAGGUUGUGCAAGAUUAAUUUCUUUCAGUCAAAUCCAUUGUCUUAACAGGUCUGUUAAUAAAAAUGAAUAUAUGAAUAUU